CUUGGUCCAUGAGGCCCCGCCCCACACGCCUGCAUCCGCACCUCUGUCAGCCGCGCAGAUUGGCGUGCCGCGAUGUUGCUUUCUGUAAUGAGGACGCUGAUGGAAUUACGGUCAAACUAACGAGGGAAUAAAACAUGUCCGAAGUACGAAAAUUCACGAAGAGGUUAAGCAAACCUGGGACGGCAGCAGAGCUCAGACAAAGUGUGUCCGAGGCGGUGAGGACGUCCAUUGCUGUGGAGCAGCCGAAGAUCAUUGAGCCUCUGGACUAUGAGAAUGUGGUGUUUCAGAGGAAAGCUCAAAUCCACAGUGACCCACAGAGAGACCUGCUGCUGUGGCCAGCUGAUGACGUAUCAGAGGCACACAUUGAUCGUCACAGGAGAACCAUCAAUCCUUCAGUUCCUCAAAAUGCUGAGAACGAAGCUAAAAGCCUGUUCGCCAAAGAGUGUAUUAAGAUGUACAACACCAACUGGCAUGUCAUCAACUAUAAUUACGAAGCCUAUUCGGGAGAUUUCCGGAUGCUGCCCUGUAAAGGGAUGAAGACGGAAAAGCUUCCCAGCCAAGUGUUUGAGGUGGAUGAGGGGGAGGAGGAUUCGUCAUCUCUCUGCUCUCAGAGAGGAGGUGUGAUGAAGCAGGGCUGGCUGCAGAAGGCCAACAUCAACAGUUCUUUGUCUGUUUCCAUGAAGGUGUUCAAGAGGAGAUAUUUCUACCUGUCUCAGCUCCCUGAUGGCUCCUACAUACUAAAUUCAUACAAAGAUGAGAAGAACUACAAAGAAUCAAAAGGCUCAAUCUAUCUGGAUUCCUGUAUAGAUGUAGUUCCGUGCCCUAAAAUGCGGCGCAAUGGCUUCGAGCUGAAGAUGCAGGAGCGCUACAGUCACUAUCUGGCGGCCGACAGCGAGGCUGAGAUGGAGGACUGGGUGAACACGAUAAAACAGGCCUUACUCAGCACAAUGGAGGACCGGAGGAAUGGCUCAGAAACGUCUGAAGGGUCUCUGGAUGACGACAGCAGUAGUCAGGGGAAACCAGAGAGCAUCACCGAGAGCUUCGGCCGGAGUCUUCAUCCUGAGCUGAUGAAGUAUGCUAGAGAAACUGACCAGCUGAGUAAAAUGAGCAGGAAUGAGGGCCGACAGAAGAUCUUCUCCCUCGAUCCUGAGGUGCAGAGAUUGGAUUUCUCAGGCAUCGAGCCUGACGUGAAGCCAUUUGAAGAACGAUUUGGCCGAAGAAUCAUGGUCAGUUGUCACAACUUGACCUUUAAUCUGCAAGGAUGCGUCAGUGAGAAGAAUGACGGUGUCUUGACCAAUGUGGAGCCGUUCUUCAUCAGCCUGGCGUUGUUCGAUCUGUCCAAAGGCUGUAAGAUCUCGGCAGACUUUCACGUUGACCUCAACCCUCCCUGCGUGAGGGAAAUGAUUCAGACGGGCUCUGCUGGAACGCCGACAGAAGCAGGAGAAGAUGAAAACGACCCAGUCAAGAUGAACGGACAUGGCCUGCCGCUUCUCCAGAGAGUCGCAGAGUCUCUUUUACACUUCCCCACUCAGGGUAUUUUCUCCGUCACAAACCCUCACGCUGACAUCUUCCUGUUGGCCCGAGUGGAGAAGGUUUUGCAGAACGGCAUCACUCAUUGCGCUGAUCCCUACAUCAAGCCCUCCGACAUCAGCAAGACGGUACAGAAAGUGUUGAAGACUGCCAAGCAGACAUGCCAACGGCUGGGCCAAUACCGGAUGCCUUUCGCUUGGGCUGCCAAGCAGGUGUUUAAAGAUUCCCAAGGCACUUUAGACACGGAUGGCAAAUUUUCUCCACUCUACCGUCAAGACAGUAGCAAGAUAUCAACAGAAGACCUCAUCAAACUGUUGACAGAUCUCAAGAAACCAGAGAAGAACAAACUGCAGAUAAUCCCUGGACAAAUUAACAUCACUGUUGAAUGUGUACCUCCAGACUUGUCAAACUCUGUCACAUCGUCUUACAUUCCCGUAAAGCCAUUUGCGGAUCAGUGUGACAGCGUGUCGGUGGAAGUGGAGGAAUUUGUCCCGGAAGAGGCUCGAUUCAACCACCCGUUCACCAUCUACAACAACCACCUCUACAUCUAUCCUCAGCAGCUCAAAUAUGACAGUCAGAAGGCCUUCGACAAAGCUCGAAACAUUGCAGUGUGUGUUCAAUUCAAGGAUUCUGAUGAGGAGGGAUCAAGCCCACUAAAGUGCAUCUACGGCAAGCCAGGGGAUCCACUAUUCACCACCAGUGCUUUUGCUGCAGUUUUGCAUCACAAUCAAUCUCCAGAGUUUUAUGACGAGAUAAAAAUUGAGCUUCCUGUGCAUAUCCAUGAGAAGCACCAUAUUCUCUUUACUUUUUACCAUAUCAGUUGUGACCUUGGCACCAAAACCACCAGUAAGAAGAGAGAAGGAGUGGAGACACUGGUGGGUUACUCCUGGACUCCAUUAUUAAAGGAUGGCAGAAUAAAGUCCUCGGAUCUGCAGCUCCCUGUUUCUGCCAAUCUGCUCGCUGGUUACUUGUGUGACAAAAGCCAAGACAUAAAAAAGGUUUUUCCAUACAUCAAAUGGGUGGAUAACGCCAAACCUUUAUUUAAAGUGCGGGCGUAUGUAGCAUCAACAAUUUACACUCAGGAUUUGCACCUUCACAAUUUCUUCCAGCACUGUCAGCUGAUGAGAUCAACAUCACAGGGCAAUCCUGCUGAACUCAUCAAAUAUCUAAAGUGCCUGCAUGCGGUUGAGACUCAGGUUGUCAUCAAGUUUCUUCCUACGGUUCUCGUUCAACUCUUUGAAGUCCUUAGUAUGGCAAGCAAAGAGGGUCAAGAUGUUGCCGUCAACUCCACACGUGUAAUCAUUCACAUUGUGUCUCAGUGUCAUGAAGAGGGUCUGGAGCAUUACCUGCGCUCUUUUUUGAAGUAUGUGUUUCGUAUCAACAACGCAACUUCCGAAAACUCUGUGACAACACAUGAAGUUUUGGCUACGGCUGUGACUGUCAUCCUCAAACAAACCGCUGAUAUCAACACCUGCAACAAACUUCUCAAGUAUUCCUGGUUCUUCUUUGAGACCAUGGCCAGGUCAAUGGCUCAAUACCUCAUGGAUGGCAACAGAAUGAAAAUGCCACGAGCACAGAGGUUUCCAGAGUCUUUCCAGCAGGCCCUGCAGUGUCUGCUGUUGUCCAUAAUGCCACACAUCACUAUCCGCUAUGUGGAGAUUCCAGAGGAGGCUCGCUGUGUCAACUUCAGCCUGGCCUGCUUCAUUAAGCGCUGCCUGACGUUUAUGAAUCGAGGAUUUGCUUUCAGCUUGAUAAAUGACUACAUGUGUGGCUUCAGCCUGAAAGAUCCAAAGGUGCUUACGGAGAUGAAGUUCGACUUCCUCAUGACGGUCUGCAACCAUGAGCACUACAUUCCUCUGAAUCUGCCCAUGGCGUUCGGCCGGACCAAACUGCAGCGGGUCCAGGAUUUUAUUUCGUAUGCGGCGGAGUGUUUCGGUGUCGUAGAUCAGAGUCUGGAGUACAGCUUGACUGAAGAUUACUGCAAGAAUCAUUUUCUGGUGGGUUUGCUUCUGCGCGAGGUGGCUGAUGGACUUCAGGCCUGCCCAGAGAUUAGACAGCUGGCUGUGGCUGUGCUUAAAAAUCUCAUGAUCAAACACGCCAUGGAUGACCGGUACAAUGCCUUUAAGAACCAACAGGCCCGCAUCUGCCUGCUGUACCUGCCUCUGUUUGAGCUGCUCUACCAGAACCUGAGUCAGAUGAACAGCCCCAGACAGAUGUGCAGGAAUGGCCUCGGCCUGAUGUACCGUGAUGAUUUGUCAGUGGACAGUCGGAGAAGCAGCACCAUUGUUGAUAAGGAACCUUCCGGUUCUGUCACCCAGAAUGGACUCAGUAGGAGAGGAGAGUCCAGAGGCUCCAUGUAUGGAGAUCCGGGAACUCCAGACAUCAAUGAGUUGCACAGGCGUGGUUCCACUAUGAGCACUGUACCUGCUGCUGGACGUUUGGGCCAAUAUGAAAUCAGAGGGCUGCUGCUGUGUUACCUGCACAUCGUAAGAACUUUGUCAGAUGACACUCUCACUGCUUAUUGGUCGAAAGUCAAUCCACAGGACAUCAUGAACUUCCUCAGUCUUCUCGAGAUCUGCAUAAUCCAGUUCCGCUAUGUGGGCAGGCGAAACAUCAGCCGAAGCCAGGAGCCGUGGGUGUCAAAACUCUUCUCCCCUGAGAGAAAAUCUCAGACCAUGCCGGUUCUGCGAGGACGAGCCAGCUUAAUGCAGGCCAAGCUGCAGCAGUUCAGCACUAUGGACACCUCAUUGACUCUGAACAUGGCUGGAGGUCCCACAGAAGCAGAGAUCAAUCAUCAGUCUUUGCUGGAGGGCAAUACGUCGACGGAGGUCUGUCUGACAGUGCUGGACGUCCUCUCUCUUUUCACUCAGAGCUUCAAGAAUCAGCUGCUGGACAGUGAUGGUCACAACGCUCUGAUGACGAAGAUCUUUGACACAUACCUCACUUUACUGAAAGUCGGACAAUCAGAAACCGCAAUCAAACACAUCUUUGCCUCUCUGCGAGCUUUUAUCGUCAAGUUCCAGGUUCCCCUUUUUAAAGGCCGUGUAGUGCUAUGCGGCUCGCUGUGUUAUGAGGUCUUGAAGUGCUGUAUGUCAAAACUAAGUGUCCUGCGAGGGGAGGCGUCUGCCCUUCUUUACCUGCUCAUGAGACACAAUUUUGACUACACAAAGAGGAAGAGCUUUCUGCGUGUGCAUUUACAGAUUAUCAUCGCAGUGAGUCAGCUUAUCGCUGAUGUGGCGCUAACCGGCAGCUCGCGUUUCCAGGAGUCACUCUCCAUCAUCAACAACUUCGCCAACAGUGAUAAAAUUAUGAAGACCACAACAUUUCCAUCAGAAGUGAAGGGCCUGACCAUGCGGAUACGUACAGUGCUGAUGGCCACAGCUCAGAUGCGCGAGCAUGAAAAAGACCCAGAAAUGCUGCUCGACCUGCAGUACAGUCUCGCCCGAUCCUAUGCCAGCACUCCAGAGCUCAGACGGACCUGGCUUGACAGCAUGGCACGAGCGCACAGCAAGAACGGGGACUUUUCUGAGGCUGCCAUGUGUAAUGUUCAUGUUGCCGCUUUAAUGGCAGAGUAUUUGCACAGGAAAAAGCUAUUCCCCAGUGGACUGGCAGCUUUUAAGAGAACCACUCAGAACAUUGAUGAGGAAGGAGCCAUGAAAGAAGACAUCGGCAUGCAAGAUGUGUACUACACUGAGGACGUCCUGGUGGAGCAAUUGGAGGUGUGUGUGGAGAGUCUGUGGAAAGCUGAGAGGUUUGAGCUCAUAACACACAUCGCCAGACUCAUCAUUCCGGUUUAUGAAAAGCGACACGAGUUUGAGAAACUGAGGCGAUUGUACGACACACUGCAGCGAGCUUAUGCAAAGAUAUUGGAGGUGAUGCAGUCGGGUCGACGGCUGCUCGGAACGUAUUUUAGAGUCGCCUUUUUCGGACAGGGCUUUUUUGAAGAAGAGGAUGGAAAGGAGUACAUCUACAAAGAGCCAAAACUCACAACUCUGCCUGAAAUUUCCCAUCGUCUCUUAAAGCUCUAUGGAGAAAAGUUUGGCUCAGAGAACGUCAAAAUCAUCCAAGACUCCAACAAAGUUAACCAGAAAGAUCUGGACUCGAAGUUUGCGUAUAUUCAGGUCACGUAUGUCAAGCCGUUCUUCGAUGAGAAGGAAAUGGCUGAGAGGAAGACGGACUUCGAGAAGUGCCACAACAUUCAGCGUUUCGUCUUCGAGACUCCAUUUACGCUCACAGGGAAGAAACAAGGAGGAGUUGAAGAACAGUGCAAGCGGAGGACUGUACUUACCACCGCCAACACAUUUCCCUAUGUAAAGAAGCGCAUCGAGGUGGUGGGAGAGAAGCACACAGAGCUGAAACCCAUCGAUGUGGCCAUAGACGAGAUGAAGGAGAAAAGUUCUGAACUCGCUAAACUCUGCUCUAAUCAGGAGGUCAACAUGAUCACACUUCAGCUCAAACUGCAGGGCUGUGUUAGUGUUCAGGUGAACGCAGGACCGAUGGCCUAUGCUCGAGCUUUCCUAGAUGAGUCCAAAUCAGGUCAAUCCAACAAGAAAGUCAAGGAUCUCAAGGAAAUAUUCAGGCAGUUUGUCAAUGCUUGCAGUAUGGCUCUGGACAUCAAUGAGAGGCUCAUUAAAGAGGAUCAGUAUGAAUACCAUGAAGGACUGAAGGCGAACUUUAAAAGCAUGGUGAAAGAGCUUUCUGAGAUCAUCCACGAGCAGAUUGAGUUCUAGAUCUUCCAAGAGGAUAUGAUGCGUUCUCUGCUCCAGAACUCUCUCCAUGUGUUCAGAGCCAUCAGUGGAACCUCCACCGACCUCAGCUAAAUCCUGAUGCUGCUUCCAGAUCCUCCAGUUCUGCUCUCGACUGAAUGUACAAAUCCAGAUGCUAGGCCUUCAGCUCGUGAAUGAUUGUCAGCGUUCUCCACCGUGCCAUGUCGUGUACUGCUAGUUUGUGUAUAUACUGCUUUUAUCAUUUGUUUUAAUGUCAAAAUGGACUAUUUUAAUGCACAUUCCAGGUCUUAUUGUGUUUGUUUGUAGCAACCUUCCUUUUAGACUCAUGUCACCAAGUCGCCUUAUUUUCCAGCACUUGCCCUCGGUCCAUUAUGGAAGCCCAUUUAUCACACAAAAUCAUGCAUUGGAAAAUUGAAUUAAAUAUUAAAGUAAUUAAUAAAAACAUAGAGUCAGCUUUAAUGUAUUAUAAAUAUAUUGCGAGUUAAAAUUAAAGCUUGCCGCAUUCUGAGAUAAAUAAUUGAACAUACUGUACACUCUCAGAAAUAAAGGUACAAGAGCUGUCACUGGGGUGGUACCUUUUCAAAAGGUACACAUUUGUACUUAAAGGGUCCAUAUUGGUACCUCAAAAGCAUAUAUUUGUACCUAAACAUUUUAAAAGGAAUGCUUUUGCGCGUUUUAGUAAUAAUAUGUAUCCUUGAGGUAUUAAUAUGGACCCUUUAGAAGCAAAUGUGUAGUUUUUAAAAAGGGACCACCCCAGUGACAUCUCUCAUACCUUUAUUUCUGAGAGUGUAUAGUCAAAAAGGACAAAAUGUUGAUAAUAUGAGAUAUAAUUAUGACCAAAACAAGUUGACAUGAGAAACGAUGGCACAAUGCUUCAAGCUAGGAGAGAAACAUCUCUGAGUUGAAGACUUUUAAAAAGAAAUAUAUAAUGAGUUAUCUCAAUCUCAUCUCAUAAUUAUGAUAUAAUUUUACAUGUUCAUGCUAGGGUUAAUCAAUUCAGACACAAAGUAAAAGAAAUGUUUUAUGUUAAACGUUAAAGGUCAGGGUUAUCACAGUCAUAUUUGGAAAGAAAAGUUGAAAUUAGUGUAAUGAGUCCUAAUUAUGAGAUAAGAGUCAAACUAAUCAGUAACAAUUAUUUUGAAAUUGAAACUUUUUUGAACAUACUUUACAGUCAAAAAGGUCAAAAUGUUGAUAAUAUGAGUCAUACUUAGGACCAAAACAAGAGAGCAUGAGAAAUGAUGGCACACUACUUCAAUCUAGGAAGGAAAAGAGUCAGAGUUGAUACUUUAAAACAAAUUCUAAUGAGUUAUCUCUAUCUCAUCUCAUAAUUAUAACAUCAUUUUACGUUCAUGCUAUGGUUCAUCAAUUAGGACACAAAAGUAGAAAUUAUUUCAUAUAUUAAACGUUUAGGGUCAUAACAGUCAUAACUGGAAAAAAAAGUUGAAAUUAGCUUUCCAAGUCCUAAUUAUGAGAUAAGAGUCAAUAAUUAAUAACAAUUAUUUUGAAAUUGAAACUUGGUGCAUUCUGAGAUCAAUUGCUGAACAUACUGUAUAGACAAAAUGUUGAUAAUAUGAGUAAUAAUUAUGACCUAAACAUGAGAAGUGACUCACUACUUCAAGCUAGGAAGGAAACAUCUCAGAGUUGAGACUUUUAAGAAGAAAUAUGAGUUAUCUCAAUCUCAUCUCAUAAUUAUGACAUAAUUUUGCAUGUUUAUGCUACGGUUCAUCAAUUAGGACACAGCGUAGAACAUAUUGUAUAUAUUAAAUAUUAAUGAUCAGAGUUAUAACUGUCGUAACUAAAAGAAAGUCAUGUAUCGAGUCCUAAUUAUGAGAUAAGAGUCAAACAAAUCAGUAAUAAUUAUUUUAAAAGUUCAAUUUGUCCCUUUUUGUCAAUUAAGAUUUUAAUAUUUUUAAGUUUUCUGACAAUUAUGGCCUUCUAAAACCUAAUUAUGAGAUGAAAGUUGUCCAUUCAUAGUUUUCAUAGUUUCCAAUCAUAACUAUGACUUGAAGUUUCAAUAUUUAAACUUUUUACCAUAAUUAAGACUCGAGUAAUAAAAUCAUAAGCAAUGAUUUUCUCAUACAGUGAAAAUGGGCUUCCUUGGAUCAGUUAUCCAGCUAUUGACCGCUAUAUGACCGCUUUAUAUGAUUUAAUAAUUUAUCAGUGGAUAAAAUCAAGUCCAAUGUAAUUUUUUACAUAUUCUUGAAAGUCUGUCACAUUUACAGUAAGAAAAAUGGGUCAAUAAUGCCAUCAUAACUUGACUGUAAAUGAUACGUUGUAUUUUUUUUUUUUCAAUCCCAGCCAAACAAGCCAUUUAAAUAACACCACUGGGAAAAACACCUACUGGUGCAGUGAUGAUCAACCAAAGAUCAGGUGCACAGUUUAUGCUGCAUGCUUGCGUUUCCAUAUUAUAUCACUUCUUCUGAAAAUUCCAGGUGAUCUUGAAUCCUCAAUCCGUGACAUUGUAUUGAAUGAUGAUAUUCAGGAUUGUAAAAACGCCUGCAUUUUAGCAAAAUAUGUCUUCCGAAAAUCUUCAGUCUUAACACACAAACCAACUUCAAAAUUAAUCACAUCGCAAACUUUCAUGACAUGUUUGGAAGGUAAAUAUUUUUUUUUGUAUUGAUUUUUAUAGUAAUUUAAUAAAUUUUUAUGUAUUCAAAUCAAGCAAAUGAAGGUGCAAUUAAAAUUUGAGUUUUUUAUUAAUUAUUUUUGACUUUUUUACUGAUCAAAAUGAUUACAUUAGUGUCCUUGUUUACAUCACCUUUCAUUUAAAAAAUAUAUUUUGUUGCUUGUUGAAACUACUUAUUUAAAAUGAGCUGAAACAACACAAUUCUUGAGAUUUUGAUGGGCCAACUAACUUUUUUUUUAAAGUUCAACCCACUUAAAUUUGUAAAACUAAUAAGUUAACCUAAUUCCUUUAUGUUGUCCCAACACAAAUCGGUUGUGUGGAACCAGCAGUGUUUAUUUAUAUAUGUUUCCUGGUGCAAACUGCAUAAUAGUCUGAUAGAUGCAUCUUUUUUUAAGAAGGUCAGUGCUACUGCCAUCGAAACUAACUGUAAAACUAGCUGCUACUGUAUGUGGUCAAUCUGUCCCUCUUCCCUAUUUUCAGUACUACACAGUGGUUACCAGAUCAUUUCUCUCAUUAAAUUCAACUGAAACCAUCUGGAGUUAUUAUAUGCAAAGCUUUUUCAUUUGAAUGCAGUAGGCUGUAAUCACGGAUGUUAAAGAAUGUCUGAUUUCAUUGGCGGAAAUGCAGAAUGUACAGUAGCAGCAGAUAGAUUUUUGUGAUUCCCUUUGUUUUAUUGGCUGGUCGUCUGGUUUUCCAGGACAUCCAGGGUUAAUUUAUUGACGAAUGCUGUUAAUGCUUAUCUGCUGCACUGAAUAUGCAAAUUACAAACAGAGGAUGUGUAGAUUUAUAUAGGAAAGCUGUCCGUUUGUUGUAAAUGUACAUUAUGUAAGUAUGAGCGCAUGGAAAUGUAUACAGUAUUGAAAGAACAGUAUUUGCGAGCACUCGUAUUGCUCAGAUGUCUGGAUUUAUUAGUCUAGAAGCCAUCUGAUAAACAACGGACGGUUAAUUUGCUAGAAAGCGGAUGGUUUGAGACCAUUUCCCAAUAUUAGUUUCAACAUUUCCUUCAUGUUUUGUCAGCAUAUAUUGUGCGAUUGUUGAUUCUUUCUUUUUUUCUCUCGGUCUCAUCUGUAGUUCAUAAGAUAAAGGGUGUAUUUCUAAAGAAAAGGUCUUUUGGUGGUAUUUAUUCUUUUAAAAAUACAUUUUCCUAAGUCAACACAUUUGACAAAACCUGUGACCCUUCCAAAAAGCUUCUUCUGUUAAACGCAAAGGAAGAUACACUGAAGAAUGGUAGAAAAAAACUGCCUUUGACUUCCAUAGUAUUUGCUGUUCUUACUAUGGAUGUCAACGGCUGCUGGCUUCCAAUAUUCUUCAGAAAAUCUUGUUUGCAUGCCUUUUCAUUAAAGCACUUAUUGUUAUGGUGUA